CACUUUUUAUUUUAGAAUGAAAGUGCUCGAAUUUUUCAGCGGCAUAGGUGGAAUGCACUUCGCGCUUAAAGGAAGUGAAAUCGAAAGUGAGGUUCUUCUAGCAGUAGACAUCAACCCAGUUUCCAAUGAAAUAUACAAAUACAAUUUUCCUGACGUCCAUCUCGUGAAUCGUAACAUUCAAUCUCUGUCCCCUAAUUUUUUGAACAAACUAGGUGCUGACACAAUACUUAUGUCCCCACCAUGUCAGCCGUUCACAAGAAAUGGUUCGAAGGGUGAUGUGAACGACCCUCGCUCGCAAGCUUUGAUCCAUAUUCUGAACAUACUGCCUCAUAUAAACAUAUCUAGAAUUCUGAUUGAAAAUGUUAAAGGGUUUGAAACUUCACAAAUGAGAGAUUUGGUUGUUCAAACUUUUGAUAAAUGUGGGUUCAGUUACCAAGAAUUUCUACUGAGUCCGUCGCAGAUUGGUAUUCCUAAUUCGAGGCUUCGAUAUUACUGUUUAGCCAAAAAGGCGCCGUACAAAUUCGAAUUUGAUACAGGACCAUUAAUAUAUAAUUUACCAAACCAAUCUGAAAAUUCUCUAAAAUUCAAGAUUGGGGAUAUUUUGGAAGCUGGUGAUAAGGAGCAGUAUUAUCUUCCCAUGAAAAUAUUGAAGAAAUACUGGAAAGUAUUAGAUAUUUGUUAUGAGGAUUCCCAAAGAUCUUGUUGUUUUACUAAAGCUUACAAUAGAUACUAUGAAGGUACAGGUAGUGUAUUCAGUCAUAUCUCAAAGAAUGACGCUCAAAAAAUUCUUCAAGAGUUGAAAACUCAAACUCUAGAUGAAAGUUCACAAGAGUUCCUUCUAUCAUCUUUGAAACUAAGGUAUUUUACACCUUCAGAAGUGAGUAAAUUACAAUGUUUUCCAGAACAUUUUAAAUUUCCUAAGAUGAUAACGAAUAGGCAAAAAUACAUGGUCCUAGGAAACAGCAUCAAUGUAGAAGUUGUUUCAAAUUUAAUAAAUUUACUCACUUGACA